AUGAAGCGAAUAAUACAAUCCGAGCCCAUCAAUUUAACUCGUGAGCUGAGUUUAUCAUCCACUUUUAAGAAAGAUUUCAACCAUUAUGGUUCGAUAAAUACCUCAAUCGUCGGAGAAAUUAAAAUCAUCCCCGAAUUUCUCAACCCAGAAACACUAAUUUUUCGGCGCCUUCGACCGCGAUCCCAGCCCCUUUCACGGAUGCGAAAAAGGGGCCCAGCAUCUUGCGUGGAUGGGCCUUGCGAGCUCCUCCUGGGCGUCGAUACGGACGCCGGAGAUCCCGAUUUCCCGGAGGCGGGCGGCGAUCUUGUCGCCGACCCUCGAAGCCGUUGUGGAGUUCCAGUAGAGCUUCGAGCGUGGGAAGCGAUUGAGUUUUGCUGUGUACUCCUUGGCGAACUCUUGCUCGGAGGACGAGGCCAUUGCUAUGAUCGAGUGGCUGGUGGGACAGGUGACCUGCGCGGUGAAUUUUCUGCAGGAGAGGACCAGACGGAGGGUGUGGGCGACCUGGGUUGCUGCCGGAGCCGCCAU